AUGGGCGCGCUGUCCAUCCGCUGUCAGUCAGGGCCGGGGGCGGGGCUCGGGGCUCGUCCAAUGGGCGCGCGGUCCACCCGGAUCGCGGCGGGCGGGGCGGCUUCCGCAGUGCGCGCCUUUGUGUCGGAGCGCGCGGCCCGUCCUGCAGCUCGGGGUCGCCGGGACCGUUUCCUUCCUGGAGUUUGGGGGCUUCGGUUCCCACUGUGCGGCCCGAGCCGCCGUGCGGCGGGAGAGCGGACGGAGCCGCUGGCGUUGGGGACGCCGGACAUGGAGUUGGUAUCAUUUGAUGACAUAGCUGUGGACUUCACCUGGCAAGAGUGGCAGGACCUGAAUGUUGAUCAGCGAACCCUCUACAGAGAUGUGAUGCUGGAGAACUACCACAGCCUGGUGUUCUUGGGGAACUGUAUGGCUAAACCUGAUUUGAUCUUCAAGUUGGAGCAUGGAUUUGCCCCAUGGAAUGUAGCAGAAUGCUCAAAUCAGAAGCUUCCAGAAUUUAAAGACCAAGAGAAAACCAACUGGACCAAGACUUAUGAAUUUAAACAAUGCCAGAACCCUAUACAUCAGAAGUUACAUCUCACUCAUCAGCAUGAAACUCACAUAAUUGAGAAGCUAUAUAAAUGUAAUGAAUGUGGGAAAGCUUUUACCCAGAAGUCACAUCUUAAUCUCCAUCAGAAAAUCCAUGCAGGGGAGAAACCAUAUUCAUGUAAUGAAUGUGGGAAAGGUUUUGUGUGCAAAUCAUACCUCAUUAUUCAUCAGAGAUCUCAUACAGGUGAAAAGCCAUAUACAUGUAGUGAAUGUGGCAAAGCUUUCUUCCGGAAGUCAGAGCGCAAUAGGCAUCAGAGAAUACAUACAGGCGACAAGCCAUAUGAAUGUAAUGAAUGUGGUAAAGCUUUCUUCCGGAGGUCAGAGUACAGUAGGCAUCAGAGUACCCAUACAGGCAAUGAAGAACCCCCAGAGUCUUCCAAGAAGAGAUCAGAACAAGGUCCUGGGAACAAGAGAUGCCACAGGUGUUUUGAUGGGCUGGACAGUAAUGAGGCCUUUCCUCUGCUGAGCUCUGGGAGAACAAUCUUCUCUAUUGUAAAAUGGAAGGGGAAGAAGAUGCUUGAUUCUACAAUUAUACACAAAAGUCAACUAGGUAGACUUUGCUUUGCUACCAUCUAGAAGGUUCGGGUAGUGCAGAAAGGGGUAUGAACAUAAAACAUAAAUGGACUGAAGUUUGGAACUAUCGCAAGACAUCACAAAAUCAAAUACCUGGAUAUUCUCUUGAAUCCGACUGGGGUUAACAGAUUUAGGAAUUGCUACCACAUUCCUCUGGAGCUGAAAUUGGAUCAAAAUCUGAGCAGCAGACUUGCUGUGACUCUCUGCAAUCUCCUGAAUGACAGAGAUGUCCAUCAAGUGUUUUCCUUCUCUUGAUGCACCAAGAGGAUGCCCCUGGAUCACCAGCUCCUCCAUGGCCUCCCAUGUGUCCAGGAAGUUGGCAUUACUGGGUACAACCAUGCCACUGGAAUCCAGAGUGAGACAUAUGGGCAUGGCUUCAAAUCUCAGGAUAUGUAAGCAUGUUGAUUGUGUGAGUAUAAUUCUGAGUUAUUACUUGAAAAGUUUUUUUAUUUAAUUAAAGCAUCUUUAUUUAUUCACAAGGAGAAGGAGAGAGAGGAAGAGGGAGGGAGAGAGAAGGGGUGCACCAGGGCCUCUCACAGCUGCAAAGGAACUCCAGAUGCAUGUGCCACUCUGUCAUUUGGUUUUACGUGGAUACAGGGGAAUAGAUCCUAGACCAUCAGCUUUUACGAGCAAGUGCCUUAAUGCUCGGCCAUCUCCUCAGCCUGCAAAGUUUUAAGUAGCUUAUUGGAAUAAUUUGUGGACACAGGUUCAAAAAGAAUCUUUCUACAAAUCUUUCUACAAAUCAGUAUACACCACAAAUGACAACUUGUGUAUUUUGAGAGCUGUGAGAUCUACUGGGAGAGGCACAGACAAGUAAAGAGAAGGGGAUCAACUUUUACAUUGGCGACUGGCUUCAUGGUCCACUGACACCUAACUGCUGUGAGCAUCAGGGUCACCCAAAG